AUGGGGCCCCGAAAGCUGACGGUCUGCCGUCUCCGAAACAUCAAACGAGCGCUCUUUUGGGCAAUGGUAGGAGCCCUGUUUCCCAUGUGGUAUCUCGUACGAUCGGGAGUCGACCUCCGACCGGAAUACCCGAGUCGUUCCCAUUUUCAGUGCCAGGGAGAUUCGAGGGAUACCCGCCGUUGCGUCUUCCACAACGUCGUGGUCCAGGACGGAGUCUUCUGGCUCGAAGCGCCCGAUCCGCGUGACCCUUCUGCCGCCCCACCCUCCCUUUUGUGCUCGACGACCAAUGGUCCGGAAAAACACACGAAGCCGUGCGACGUGCGUUUCGCCGCCGACGCGUUCGCCUGGCGCACGCUCCUGGACGCGACAACGGAAAGUCGGCGCUUCGCUACGGGAGUGGCUCUCUACCGGCUCAAUCCCGGCAACGCCUACCACGUUUUGUUCGAAGACAUGAUACCAAUUGUAGCCAACCUGUUGGACCGGACCGGUGGAACUGCGGUCUCGUAUAGUCCGGGACAUGCGGACGUAAAGCAACACCAACCGCGAGCGCCGUGGGGGCUUUUUGUGACGGACCGGAAAAUCACUGCCAAAGCAAUGGAGGAUAAGUUUUGGAACGAGCUUCUUCCCGAAGUCACCGUGGUCCAUCCCACCACGGAAGUAUACCACGUGGACACUUUACUGGCGGGGUCCGGAGUUCCCUGUAGUCACUGGGGACUUUGUCGACCCACAAACCGUCCCGUCGGUCUGUUCGACCCUCCCGACGCGGCCAUUACCUUCCGUCACCUGGUCUUUCAUCGAUACGGGAUCCAAGAAGAAGCGCCCAACGCCAUGUCGUUGCCUCGGCAGAACCCUCCUCGGAUAACUCUCGUGCAACGUACCACCACGCGGCGUAUACGGAAUUUGCAAGAGGUCCAAGACGCGGUCAAGGCUGGCACGGGUACAGUUGCACGAUUGGUGGACAUGGCCGAACUGUCCCUCCGUGAGCAAAUCUCGCUGUCACACGACACGGACAUUUACGUACUCGUCCACGGAGGAGCCUUGGCAAACACUCUUUGGCUCCCUCCCCGGGCGCUCAUAAUCGAUAUUUAUCCUCACGGCUUUAUGAUUUCCGGCCGAAGCGCCCUCCUACACUCUAUCCGCAAGGCACUGGAGCCGGCCUUUGCUGUUGGUCACCUACCCUUUCAAGUAGAGAACACACCGGGACAAGAAAUACUGGAGGGCCCGUUGGCACCCGGCUGCGUUUGUUCCGCCUUUGAGUGUCAGUCUCACGUUUUUCAUACCUCGGCUUGGAUUCAUAUCGAUCCCGAUCGAUUCCAGACUCACAUGCAGGAAGCCUUGCACAUCUGGCGGGAGGCCAAUUACACACGGCCAAUCUCACCGGAAGAGUUUCGUCUCCAAAACAACGCCGAACAAGCUCGGCGAGACGCAGCGGCGGCAGCCAUAGGUGCUCCUGUGUGCUGGAAAAAAGAAGAGACGGAAGGAGACAAUGUCACGUCCGACCAUGGUUCCCCGCCAACUCUCAAGGCGAACGUUACGCGAAAGUAA